ACUCCAGCGCCGGUCGGACGCUCUGUCAACUCCGUGCGUGUCUCGCGUGUGCCUUACGUGUGCCGUGUGCCUCGACGUGCGCAUUCAAACGAUUCUUGGCGCUUUUCUCAGGUUUCGUGAGAUGGUGUCGGUGGUGUGCUCGGGCUCGGAAUUCGGAAUCACUCGGAAUUGCUCGGAAUGGCAGCGUAAGCAACGGGCUGUUAGAACUCUAACCUUAAAGUAGCGGGUAGUAAACAAUAGAACAGUAAGCGUUAUUUUUUUGUGAUAAAUGGCCAAAUAUACCCGGCAAGUUAGGCGCGUAUCACAUUAGCGUGUGUCCCAAAGUGCCUUCGACGAUGAACCACAUCGUGAUCGUGCGCGCCUUCAAGCCGGGCGACGAGACCGGCUGCAAGGAGUUGAUCAGAGACGGCGUGAUGUCCUCCUUGAACGCUACGUUUCGCGGGAUGCUGUUAAAGGAGAUAACCUUUCAGCUGAUAAUUCUACUGGCCGCGAUAAUGUUCAUCUUCUUCGGGAUGCCGCUGACCGUCUGCCUUCUGGGUAUACCUGCAGUCGUGGCACUGAUGUAUGUCAGUACGUGCGUCACCUUCGUCGCGAAACUGACGGAGAUCAAUGGGGAGAUUUCCAAUAUUCCAAGGCUAUACAUGUCAAAUGCCUUCUCCUGCUUCUGGGUUGCUGAGGCAUUUGAGCCUCACUUGAUGACACGACAUCCCAAGGAGGUUCAUUAUACCAUAAUGACAGAAGAGCAAUUUAAUCAAGCCAACAUAGGUGCCUUCUUGCAAGCUAGAAAAAUAGUAGGAACCAUCGGUUUGUGUAAGAGUUAUAGAGUGGAUAGGAGUGCAUGGAUAAAGAGACUAUGCGUGCAUGAGCAAUAUCAAAGGAAAGGUAUAGCAUCAUACCUGCUCAACGCUGCUGUACAAUUUGCGAUCGACACGGGAUACAGCAGUGCUAAUAUAGUAGCUUCUGAGUACACUGAAGAGGGUAGAGAGCUGUGCCUUAAGAAAGGAUUUGAGCUGAAGCAAAUGUAUCACAAGUCUAUCUUAGGAUCAUACAUAACGAUAUUAAUGUAUGAAUUAAUCUACAGGAUUAAACCUACCGAGGACGAUUACUCACCCGGAAUAGAUUUUGAAAAAGAAUUUUUGAGUCCGUUUGAAUAGAUUUUUAGUAUACGUCAAUUGAGACAAUGAAUCUCUCUUGAAAAACAAAUGAGACUGAUUGACUAAUAUUGUGUUCUCCUUUGAACAAAAUUGCUCGAACCAAAUAGUGAUUAACUGCAUACGCUUAGAGCUUAGAGUAUUAAAAUAUUUUAGAAUAUUAAAGAAUCUCUAAAUUUUAUAUUAACAAAUGUGUAGAGAGAGUAUUUUUUAGAAAAUGUUUUUAUGCUUUCAAAAUAUUGUUAUACAAUGUCAUAUAAUUCGACAAAACGACAGAAAUAAAAGUUUUUUUUCUCA